CACUGUUUUGUCUUCUCUCAGUACCAAACCCGAGGUGCUACAGAGUGGUCCCGCUGCCAGACACCAGCGCCAUGCCCCCAGUUAAGGAGCCCAGAGGGCCGGGGCUGGCAGCACUGGCCAGGGGUUGAACAGCGGCAUAGGCCAAAGGUCCCCACUUCUCUAGGAUGGCAUCAGAAACCAGGUGAAAAGAGAACUGGAGGCAGAAGCUGCUGCAAAACAAAGAGCAGCUACAGAUGAGGGUUCCCCAGUGCCAGUGAACAGUCCCCCUAGUCUCUCAGUGUUAGGUGUGUAUUUCACCUGUCCACUAACCGGAGACAUGUUAACUAAGAGUGAGCGGGAACAACACAUUAAAGAAGCCAUUUUAAUGCGGUUUGAGGAGGAUCCAGUUGAGGCUUCUGUUAUGAUGGUCCACACGUUUAACAAAGACAGAGAGAAAGUGAAGGCUGCUGUGGACAUCAUAAGCAAGUAUGUUGACAAUAUAUGCAGGAAUCCAACAGAAGAAAAAUACAGGAAGAUUAAAGUCAGCAACAAGGUGUUCCAGGAUAAGGUUCGUUGUGUGGAAGGUAGUAGAGAAUUCCUGCAGGUGCUAGGUUUUACAACCACCAUGCUUCACAUCGAGGGUCAAGAGGAAGAAGAGGAGUUCCUGAUGAUGCCAGAGCAGGGUCCUGAUGCCCUGGAGUUGAUGAAGGAGAGGAGAGAUCGUCUUCAGCGUGGAGAGCCAGUCAGAGCUCAGCUGGACAGACAGGUUCAAGUGUUCAGACCAUCUCAACAUGCCAUGCACUUUGAUCUGCCGCCAGAAUUUUACAAUCUGACUGUAGAGGAGCUCAAAAGGGAGCAACAGCAGAGGAGUGAUUUGUUGGAGAAGAGCAGCAUGCUGCGCACCAAGGCCAUGAGGGAGAAAGAUGAACAGAGAGAGAGAAAGAAAUACAACUAUACACUCCUCAGGAUCAGACUGCCUGAUGGAAACCUACUGCAAGGAACCUUUUACGCGUGGGACCGGCUGCCUGUGCUGUUCGGGUUCGUCCGGGAGUCUCUGGUGGACGGAUGGCAGCCGUUUGAGCUCAUUGCUCCUGGAGGCCAAAAGCUGCAGGAGAAUGAAGAAGUCGCUCUGGCAGAGUGCAACCUGGUUCCCGCCGCUCUGCUCAUUUUCGCCUGGGAUGCAGCUGUGCAUGCAGACAUCGUAGCCGCAGGUGGGAGGAGCCCUGUCCUCCUCAAAGCAGAGCUGCUGAAGAACAUUCAGACCCUGAGCUGAACUUGAGCCUCACGCUUCUCAGUGCUACCUCUGCUGGCUGACCUGUGAUGAGUGUUUUAGAAAAGCUGCAGUGACAGAGGAGGAAAGAGUGACUCUCCUCACCAUGCUGUAACCUUCUCUUUCCUUUGCUGACAGUAACUCUGCUAAAGCAAGUGAACGGACAGAGCAAGAAAGUGUCGCUGUUAGUUUGUCCUCCUGAAAGUGUCCAUGGUCAGAUUGUGGAAGUAGUUGUCUUUUUGUGGCACCACCUCCUUCCCUGAUUCAACUAAAGACCAACUUGGCACAUUGUGACUAGAUGGGUAACACAAUGGGGUGCAAGUAGACUGUGACAUGAUGGGGUGCGACUGGACGGGUGACAGGACGGGG